AUGGAAGAUACAACGCUACAGUUAUUAAUAAAACAAAUAUCAACACUUUAUUCUUCACCGAAACUUGAACCUUUUUACCUGGAAUAUUUUACGUGUAAAGCUAAGAAUACUAAAUUAGAUGAGAGUGCACCAGAAGUUGUUAAAAAA